UCCGUCUUGACUGCCCAGCUGACCGGUUAUUUGAUAUUUCACAAUAAAUUAAUUUCUUAAACAAUUACUUUCAUUUUAGACGUCACAUUCUGUGAAUAUCCUACACUUAUAUUGGAAUUGAAUAAAAGUCACAAUUAAACCAUUGAUCUGAUAUUUUACUCACGGGUAACUGAAUGAUUUAAAAGUUUGCACAGAAUUCGCAACUUCUUCAUAAAGAUGGAUUUCAGCAACAAAAAAUUCCCUUUAUUAAAAAAUGAUAGACUAUUAAGAGCAGCAAGUGGUCAGGAGAUCGAUAAAGUACCAGUGUGGGUAAUGCGUCAAGCCGGUCGUUACUUACCUGAAUUUCAAGAAGUUCGGGCAAAACAUGAUUUUUUCACCGUUUGCCGUACACCUGAAUUGGCUUGUGAAGUAACUUUGCAGCCGUUGCGCCGUUUUGAACAUUUGGAUGCUUCUAUCAUCUUUAGUGACAUUCUUGUUAUUCCACAAGCAUUAGGAAUGACAGUAGAAAUGCAUCCAGGCCAGGGUCCUGUUUUUCCUAACCCUCUUCAAGAUGUGUCUGAAAUAAACAACCUUAAAGAAGAAGGUGCAGUAUCUAGACUGUCCUAUGUUGGUGAUGCCAUAACAUUAACAAGACACAAAAUUGAAGGAAAAGUACCGUUAAUUGGUUUUACAGGAGCACCAUUCACUCUAAUGGGAUACAUGAUUGAAGGAGGGGGAAGCAAAACCAUGAGUAAAACGAAGGAUUGGUUGGAAAAAUACCCAAAAGAUGUCCAUAGACUGCUAGCUUUACUGACCAGAGUUAUAAUUAACUACUUGGUGAUGCAGGUUGAAAGUGGAGCUCAAUUACUACAAGUUUUUGAAUCCAGUGCAGAUCAUUUGACCAGAGAGCAGUUCAUUGAAUUUUCGGCACCCUAUCUUAAGGAUAUAAGUAGUGGUGUAAAGAAUAUAUUAAAUGAAAAAAAGAUAGAUCAAGUACCAAUGACAGUUUUUGCAAAAGGAGGUGGUCACUCACUAGAUGUUCAGGCAGACUUGGGAUAUGAAACCAUUGGGCUUGAUUGGACUGUUGAUCCAAUUGAAGCAAGGAAGAUAGUUGGCGAAAAUAUAACUUUACAAGGCAAUUUAGACCCACAAGACUUAUACAAAACACCAGAUGAAAUAAAAACACUUACUAUAGAUAUGGUAAAGAAAUUUGGUAAACACAGAUACAUUGCAAAUUUGGGUCAUGGUAUAACCCCGCAAACUCCAAUCGAGAGCAUGACAGUAUUUACCGAAUCUGUCCAUGAAGCUGUAUAAAAAAUAUAUUAAAAAAUGGAAUUUCGUUAUAUGAGGCUAUUGCAAAUCAUACAACAUUUUUCAAUGUAAAGGUUUAUUGGACAUUAAUCUUAUAAGUAUGUGGUUGUUGAAAUAAAGGGUUACAUAGAAUAAGUG